GCCUUCCUCCUUAGCGGCUUGUCUUGUAACGCGAGCUGUGAUUGGCGGAGGCCUCCUCGCUCUGUACUCCGUUGUUCGGGCUUGAUCUGCAGGCCGCACAGUCGCUGACCGACAGGUCCCGGGAGCAGCAGCCAGGAUGAGUCUGGCGGAGAGCAGAGCCCCGCGGAAGACGGCGGGAAACCGCAUGUCCGGUCUGCUGGACCGGGAGGAGGAGGACGACUUCUACAAGACCACGUACGGGGGCUUCAAUGAGGAAUCUGGCGACGAUGAGUAUAACGAGGACCGCUCUGCGAGUGAGGAUGAGGUGGACUCCGACUUCGAUAUUGACGAAGGGGAUGAGCCCACUAGCGACCACGAAGACGAUGAGCCUAAAAGGAAGAGGAGGGUGGUAACCAAAGCCUAUAAGGAGCCAAUUCAGCUGCUGAAGCCUAAGCCGAAACCCAAACCAGAACCAGUGGCCCCCAGCGUGCCCAGGAGUCGCCCAGAGAAGCCCCCACCCCAGGAGACCCCUGAAGAAAGCGUGGACAGCCGGAAGCAGAUGCGCCAGUCCACCACCGAGCACACACGCCAGACUUUCCUACGCGUGCAGGAGAGACAGGUCCAGUCCCGAAAGAAGAAAGGUCCUCAUCCAGACAGGCCUCUGACCCAGGAGGAGCUACUGAAGGAAGCCAAGAUCACAGAAGAGAUCAACAUCCGCUCGCUGGAGAAUUACGAGCGCCUGGAGGCUGACAAGAAGAAACAGGUCCAGAAGAAGAGACGCUGCGUCGGGCCGACCAUUCGCUACCACUCUGUGGCUAUGCCGCUGGUCACGGACGUGACCGUAAAGGAGGAAAAUGUGGACGUGGAAGGGUUAGAGCAGGAGCAGACGGGCGAUUCCUCCGCAGCGCACCCUGUGGGCAAGUCCUCCCGCACCUUCAUCACAUUCUCCGACGACGAGGCCUUCUACCGGAUAUUUCCCAAGAACAAAGCUAAGUUCCCAUUCCGAGAGCUGUGUCCUGUCACCCAUAAGCCUGCCCAGUACAGGGACCCCAUCACAGACAUCCCUUACUACAAUGCCCGCGCCUUCAAGAUCAUCCGGGAAGCUUACAAGAAAUACAUCACCGCUCACGGGCUGCCCAACGCCGCCAUGGCGGCAGCUAUGGGCCCGGCCACCUCUACAGCUGACAGCAGCCAGCGCAACACAAGGCAGAAAAUCGUUAUCAAACAAAACAUUUCAGGAACAUGAUGAUAUAGACACUUGCUGGAGCGAUCGGGCUGUGACGCAGUGCUAGGUGAUGUCGCUCCAGCUGUUACUUUCAUAUUUAUUUCCAGGAUAUGGAGGCCCCGCUGUGCGCGCAUCCUGGAGCCUCAGGUGACUGUACGGUUAUAAGUCCAUUGAUGGUGCAUUUAUCUGAUCAUGUGAGAGGUUUCUUUAUCCAUCUUUGCCACAUUUAGGGUGAAGCUGUGAUUCCCACAACUGAGCAUGGAGAAUGAUACCCUCCAAGGCAUCAGGGAAUGGUCCUCAUGUACACUUCGCUCACAUUGGCUUCCUAAUGUCCAUUAGAACAUGAAAUAAAUGUGAUAAUUUUUUUUA